AUGCCGGAGCAUCAUGUCGAGUGUGAGUGGACCGGACGUGCCAAUCGCGGCCUGCGAUUGCUAACUGCUCGACAGUGGUUCUCAUCGAAAUGGACUCGGCUUAUCGCCGGCAAGAAGCCCUGGCCUCCGUCGGAGCUUGAACGACACUCCGUCUUCAUCCACGACUGCAAUGCCCUCCAGCAUUUCUGGAACUCCAAUUCGUCCCGCUCCGUCGAGGAGUCGAUUGCCUUCGCGCGGACUUAUCUCGAACGUCUCAACUUCCUCCUGACCGACGAGUCGCGCGGCCCAUCACCCCACAACUGUGUCGAAACCGCUGUCAACUCACGCAUUUUUGUGACUGUCGCCUUGAUCGCGCUCGCCUAUCACGACGAUGACCUGGUGCGCUCCGCCGCGGUCUUCUUUAAUCACAUCAUUCAUGCCGGCAUCCUGAAGACAGAGGAAGAGAAUGAACGAGGCCGGGGAAGACAGAAGGAGAGCACAUCGACCGCAUUUUCCCGCGCAUUGAUUGAUCUGGUCCGCCAAGCCGACAAAACAUCAGACAAAACGGAAACGCUGUUGGUGGAGCUGCUCUUCGGCAUCGCCAACAAUAUCCGCCUGCAGCCCGAGACCCUAUCAACAUGGUUCAAACCACGGGUCACUCCCAUCCGGUCAGAUACCGAGUCCACGGGGCCCAGUGGUGGUGGUGCGGAGUUCGCAGGCGCGACGCGCAAGGAUGAAUUCCCGCUGUUCUACAUGCUCGUCGACUAUGUUCACAGCGACAAGAGCGCCGGUGAUUUUGCGCGUACCGGACUCCUCUACCUCAUUGAGACCGCGUCUCGCUCCAAGAGCUUGGAGAAAUGGUUGAUCGAAAGUGAUUUGGCGACCUUGAUGGCUACCGGGCUGGGUGCCCUCUACAGUCAAUUGGGGAGGUACAUAUACUUUUCUGAUGACCACUUUGCAACUGCUAAUCGGAUCGAGCAUAGCCUUGAAUUUACACCUGCAGAUGAGAAUGUACCCCGGGUUGUCGCUCUCUCCGACCAUGCCAAAGAUGAGACGGCUCUCCAGCCCACUCUGAGCGAAGCAAUGGACACCUUCAUGUCCUAUCUGCUGUUCUGGCAGGACACAAUUGACCACUGCAAGUACCCAUCUUUGCUGGAAUCGUCCGAUGUGGCAGGCGGUUCGACAGCCGCCGUGCUCACAUAUCUCUGCCGUAUUCUUGAUUCUGUCGAACAAGGCGAGUUGGUGCACCGGAUUCUCCAUUUCUUGCUGGCCUCGUCGCCUCAGCCUGAAGAACAGAUGGAUAUGUCGGCGAGCCGGCGAAAAUCGCUCAAUGUGCUGGCCGCAUUGGCGUCUGAAGCGGCCCAGCCUUCUCCGUCCUUAUUCAAUCUUCGUGACUUGGCGCUUCUAGGACUACAGUCUUCGAACCGCCAGACAGUGCUGGCCACUUUACGUCUGCUCAAUGUCGUGCUGCAACGUCAUCACCCUUUUGCGAGAUCUCUUAUCCAUACCAUCCCCAGUCAGCCGGCACGCCAGCGAUCAGUCGGGGCGUUUAACGCAGAGCUUGAACAGCUUCUGGGCCUAGGCACAUCACUGAUCACUGAACCGUCCUUGAACGAGUCCUACGAUAACUAUGUGGCGGAUGCAACCUGGGUUCUCGAAUCCCGUCUAUGCCUUCCGGUCUCCGACGACGAAGCCGACGAAGCCGUCCCUCUUCCACAGCAGCUUCAGCAGGACGAUCCGAUCGUGCAGGCUCUUCUUGGCUGUGUCAACUCUUUCUUCACAAAUAGUGUCAUCGUGAAUCUGGCGCUGACCGGGGUGCUGAUGAGUCUAGCCUCGUCGCACCUGUUUGCCCUAGAUGGUUGGGUACUAGUCGACCCGGCUUGUUACGACGCUCCAUCGCAAGAGCCAUCCGACGAAUUUGAUCGAGUUCACCAGGCAUAUCAGAUUCCUACCUGGCCUGAAAGUGCCGCCCCUACCCUAACCUCGUCACUUCAAAAGCUGGUCGAGCAGGUGCAACAAUGGCAGCGGGACUUGCCCGACUUUGAUGUCCUAGUCGCUGCUCGUCGAGAGCUCCUGCACCAGGGCGAGCGUCCCCAAACCCCCGUUCGUUCGCGCGAGCCAUCUGAACCUCCGGCCCCGCCGUCUGUCGAUCCCUCGCGUCCGUCUCGUCCAUCGUUUCCUGGAUCCCCCGAGGCUUCUCUGCCUGGGUCACGCGGGCGCUCCCCGCAAAACGUCAACUCACCUGCAAUGGCUCCCAGUGCUAUGAGGAGUGAUUCUGCUGCCCGCCCGAUUGAAUCUCGUGGCUCUUCAACUUCACGAACGGCAGCUGUAGAGGCCCUCCGUCGGCGCCUUGCCACGCCAUUCCCUCCUGCACCCUCACUAGCCGAUCCCGCCGAGGCGAACGAUGAGGCCGAGGCGACUGGCACCGACACUGACUCGCCCCCCACGGCGACGCUAGGCCACGUUCUCACCAAUGUGGUCAUCCUGUACGAAUUCCUCCUGGAGCUGUCGGCGGUAGUACAGGCGCGGGGGAGUCUGUUUGAGGAAGCGGGAUACAAUUGA